UUGUAUCUAUGCUCACUUACAUUUUAUUAUCCUCCAUCUCUCUGCUCACUGUGACUCUCAACCUGCUGGUCAUCAUCUCCAUCUCCCACUUCAGGCAGCUCCACACCCCCGCCAACCUCCUCCUCCUCUCUCUGGCCGUCUCAGACUUCUUUGUGGGCUUCAUCGUGUUCUUUCAAAUUGUGCUGAUAGAAGGCUGCUGGUUUCUAGGUGACCUCAUGUGUAUCCUUUAUAUUGUUCUGGACUAUAUAGUUACUUCUGCCUCAGUAGGAACCAUGGUGCUCAUAUCAGUUGACCGAUAUGUGGCUAUUUGUGAGCCUCUACAUUAUUCCAACAAAACUCUGCUGCUGAAAGAUAACCUUGAAGAACCAGUUUUACCUCACAAGUUUUCAGUGAACAUAACUGCUAAAAAAUCUGAAAUGAAAGCUGCCAGGACUCUCGGUGUCAUUAUUGUUGUCUUUCUUUUGUGCGUCUGUCCAUAUUAUUUGGCAUGUACUGUAUUUGUAAUUCAGUCUUCAUCUGUAACCUUUGUAAUAUGGUUGUUUAAUUGUAACUCCUGUCUCAACCCUCUGAUCUAUGCCAUUCUCUACCCCUGGUUCAGAAAAUCAAUUAGGUUAAUUGUUACACUUCAGAUACUGAAGCCUGGUUCCUAUCGGACCAACAUACAUGCUGCGUGCGUGUAA